ACGCUUAGAAAAUUUGUGUCAAUUUGGGAGUCGAUUUCUUUCUGUAGCGUCAAAAAUUUUGUUGUUUUUGUAUUAAACGAAUUCCUGAAAUCUCGACAUACUCAUAUAGCGUUUCGUUUUAAAUCAUGGAGGUCAAAGAAUGUAACGAUUUAGCUGAAGAAAAUCAAUUCAUUGCGGACGAUGUGAGUAAAAUUAUUAAAGAAGCUAUCGAAAAUUUAAUUGGAAGUACCGCCUAUCAGCAUAAUAAAGUCAAUCAAUGGACAUCUGCUGUCGUGGAGUCUUGUUUGGGACAAAUGACGAAGUUACAAAAGCCUUACAAAUAUAUAGUAACAUGCACGAUAAUGCAAAAGAAUGGCGCAGGCCUACAUACGGCAUCCUCUUGUUUUUGGGACAACAAUACUGACGGCUCAUGCACUGUGCGCUGGGAAAACAAAACUAUGUACUGUAUCGUCUCCGUAUUUGGCCUUGGCAUCUAAAUUUAAAAUUAAUUCUUUCAAAUAAUAUUCCAUAAAAUGCAUAACAUCGUAAAACCAAUUCAAAUACUGCAUAGAUGAAAAAAAACAUUAUGUUAUAUUUGAGUAAAUUGCUAGUAAGCUAAAAGAACUAAUAAUUACUCGUAAGACAUUAUUUUUAAGUUAUCGUAAAUUUGUAUUGAUGAGUUGAAAGUAACAUACAGAGAAACGUUUAUUUAUGGUAUUGUAGGUUAAAAUUAUAAUUUGCUAAAAUAAAUCCCUAAAAACAGCACACUCUUAUUUUUCUCAGUUGUAACAGACUUGUUUUAUAGUCAUUACUUAAUUUUAAGUAAGUAGGAUAUAUUUUCGUACACAAUAAAGUAUAUCAAAAACACU